AGCCAAAAUUUCAACAUUUGUGAUAAAACAAAAACAACCAAAGUUGACUCUUACUCUGAAAGCAAAUAAUAAAGCUGAAACUGGAUGCAAAAGAGAGUUAACUUCGGCCAAAACAGAUCUUCAACUGCCAUUUUUCGAUCCUUCUACUGUUUGAAUUCAAGGUACACAAUGAAUUUUAAGGAAAGCCAACAAGCGAGAACCUCUAUUGAUGAAGAAGACAAACACGCCCAACAAUAUGCCAUGCAACUGGUUAGCGCAUCGGUGAUGCCCAUGGUGUUGAAAGCAGCUGUUCAACUUGGUGUAUUUGAUAUCAUAGAGAGGGCUGGUCCUGUUGCGCUGCUCUCUGCUUCCCAGAUUGCAUCCCAACUUCCGACUCAAAAUAAUCCAGAUGCCCCUGUGAUCCUUGAUCGUAUCCUCCGGCUUCUAGCUAGCCACUCUAUCCUCACUUUCUCUCUUGCAACUAACGACCAGGAUCGCGGGGUUGUUAGACUCUAUGGUUUGGCACCUGUCGCCAAAUACUUCAUUAGGAGCCCAAGUGGAGGAUCUUUGUCUCCUUUGUUAGACUUGUAUCAGGACAAAGCCAUUAUAGAUGUCUGGUACCAAUUGAAAGAUGCAGUACUGGAAGGGGGGCUUCUAUUUAACAGGGCACAUGGGAUUAGUGCCGUUGAGUAUGUGGGCAAGGAUGCGAGGUUUGGAGAAAUCUUCAAGGACUCUAUGAUUGAUUACAACAAUUUGUUUGUGGAAGAGAUGUUGAAAAGCUACAUGGGUUUUGAUGGCUUGAAUUGCUUGGUAGAUUUAGGCGGUGGAAAUGGUUCCAUACUCCACAGGAUCGUUUCCAAGUACCCUGCCAUUAAGGGUAUUAAUUUUGAUUUGCCACACAUUAUUGAGAAGUCACCCUCCUAUCCUGGAAUUGAGCAUGUGGCAGGAGAUAUGUUCAAGAGUGUACCAAAAGGAGACGCCAUUUUCAUGAAGUGGAUACUCCAUGGAUUGGAUGAUAAGCGAUGCGUAGAGUUACUAAAGAACUGCUAUGAAGCAUUACCGGUUAAUGGCAAAGUGAUAAUAGUUGAUUUGGUAAUCCCUGAAAGCCCUGAUACCAACCUCUUAGUUCAAAGCGCGUAUCAGUUUGAUUUGUUCAUGAUGCACGUCAAUGAAAGCGGAAAGGAAAGGAGAGAAAAAGAAUUCGAGAGCUUGGCAAAAGGAGCAGGCUUUUCUCGUAUUCGAGUGGCAUGCUAUGCCUACAGUUUGUCGGUAGUGGAGUUCUACAAAAACGUGUAACAUUUGAUUGGAAAAAUAA